CCUUUCCAUAAAUAGCAUCUGGAUGGCCAGAGAGCGCCCUCGCUUUCCUGCUAGCAUCACCACCCUAAACUACAUUAUAAUAUCCAUAAUGGCAUUCAACGGAACCUGGCAGGUCUAUGCUCAAGAGAACUACGAAGAGUUUCUGAAAGCUCUCGCAUUGCCAGAUGACCUUAUCAAAGUCGCCAUGGAUAUUAAACCUAUUAUUGAGAUAAAACAAAAAGGAGAUGACUUUAUCGUGACAUCAAAAACACCCAAGCAAUCUGUAACAAACUCAUUUACACUUGGAAAAGAGGCUGAAAUUACUACCAUGGAUGGCAGAAAGCUAAAGUGCACCGUGAACAUGGUAAAUGGGAAGCUUGUGUGCAAAGCAGAAAAGUUCUCUCAUGAGCAAGAAAUCAAAGGAAGUGAAAUGGUGGAGACUAUGACUGUUGGUGGAGCAACACUUGUCCGAAGAAGCAAGAGAGUUUAAAGACACAUCAUCUUCUUUGUGACAUCUUUACAUACCUAAAAUAAAGUGCAGUUUCCACAAGGUGUGAUAUCUUUGCUAUCUGAACAAAUAGUACAGAACAUAAUCAUGACUUCUGCUCUCCUUUCACACGUGCAUCACUCUCCAUUCUUCUAAGACCAUGUUUUCCUCAAGUAUUUAAAAGCCACAAUGAUUACAAAGCAAUAACAGGAAUGACUGACUGCUCUUAAAUUGAAGCACACAAGAGUAUAAUUAAACAAAAUUGAAGCACUACAAGAGCAAAGGGAACUAAACAUUCUUCCAUUUUGCAACAUACUCCCAAUAUCUGCCUGUCACAGUAGUUUGUGAAGCUCAAGUACACGAGGCUGUUUCUGUUCGCAUUGUGUCUCAACUGAAGUAUAAAAUGCACCGGACCAAUGCCUAUAACCAUUCCUCUGUUCACUGCUGAUUAUAUCCAAUUAUUACAUUAGCAGCCCUACUUCACUCAUUUAAGUCACCGCAAGCGUGUUAGAAUUGGUCUUGGGUGUAAGACUUCACUGGAAAACAUUGCUAGGCUGAUUAUGCCAUUUAAAAUCCUCAUGGGGAUGUUUGAUUCCAAUUAAGAGCGCUGAACCUACAUCUUCCUAACCUAGGAAAAGAGCAGUUUGUGAGAGGGGAGGUCUGUUUUAGUUAAUAACGCUUUGGGUAGUGUAUUCUUAUUCUGAGAUAAGGCUGUACUCACAGGGAACUUUUCUGGGGUAACCGUGCAAGUACUAUUGUGCUCAUUUUGCUGCAGAGGCAGUUCUAAUGCUAGCUACACUUCUGCAGACUGAAUUAAAUUUCAUGCGAAUUACACAUAAAUAAGAUCAACAGAACAGAAAUCAAGACAGUGGUAAAAUUCAGGGAGAAGGCUGCUUUAAAGCAUUCAUACUGCAAAAUACCAUAAUAAGAGCUUGAAACACUUAUGUUUGGAAGUUGCUGGGUAACUGCUGCUAACUACACAAUGGAACACUACAAAACAGAGCCUCGAUACAGGACAGCUGGUACACAGAGGCAGUUUAAGUCAUAAAUUGCAGAGACUACAUACAAAAACCACACUAACACUACACAGAAUUUAAACCAAUGCUGAACCAUUUUAACUUGGAAGCACUAAAAAUUCUUAAAAGAAUACUUUGGUUACUUUACAACUGCAGUGAUUCAGCACUUCCAACAACCAUGCCAGUCUUUUCAACCCAAUGGCAACAUUCUUCUGCCAUGGGGCCUCACAGCUUUAGAGGAAAUACUCAACGCAGUUCCUUAUGUGAAGCAGUCAAAACCUGAAGGAUUUUGUUCAGAGUGCAAACCCUGCCCAAAAUAAUUGAUCAUUUCUGGAUGACAAACUCUUACAGGUUCAGACAGUAGUACUGGAUCCACUCUUCCACAAAAUCAAGUGAUUUUUUUUUUUCCUGCAAAGGACUGCAUGAGAGAAUUUAUAAUCUUAUUUGGAUCUGGUUCAAAACUUUUCCUUUCCAAUUCAAAAACCUCAAAUCCUGUUGUCUGGUGAUUCCGUUGUUUUACGUAAUGCCUACAGAAAUAAUAUUUUCUCCUUUGGCAUAGCUGUUCUGUGUCAUGCAAUACCAUCAUAAUUUCAGUCUCUAAUGUGCUUUCCUGACUUCACUUUCAUGUUCUUUUGAUGACUUGUGUAAGCAGAUCUGUAUAUAUAUUGCACAAGAUAGCAAACUCACCCUCCUGCUAGUAUACUUAGCAGAGUCAUGUUAACUAUAAAGUGCAGAAAACACUGAGAACCCCACCUCUUUU